UGAACAAUUUCCAUAUGGUCGUGUCGGCCCAGAUUGGAUGGGCGGUCUAGUAAUAUCUUAUUGCUCCUAUCUUGGGCCUUAUUCUGUUGUCUUCGCAAGCGUGGCUUGUUCCUUGUCAGUCCGCAGUCCAGCAGUCCGCGCUUACAGGGAGAGCAGUUUGCUUUUUGCGAAAGCCCGCUCUUUUGCUGCACGUCCGUCGGUUACUGGUAGAGCAUGGCAUCCACUUGUUGUUCCGGGGUCGUGGCGAGGACUGUUCUCCUAGACGGCACGUCACAAGGCUUUGCUGCGCCGCUUAGAAGUGGGAAUCCACCGCCCAGUUCACCGUCGCUCCUCGUGUCAACCAAUAGAGUCGCGCCGCCCAAUCGACGAAGCAUCAGGCUUGUAGUGGUGCGAGCAGACCCGAAAGGCGACGCGAGGGAGCUAUGGCGCCGCGAGAUUGAAGCCGACUCGGCGGCAGCAACAGAUUUUGAGGCGGUCGACGCGGACACGGUGAGGGAGGAGGCGCAGCGGCUGACACGUAAGCAGGUCAUGGAGCGGCUCGACAAGGCCAGCUUUCAGGAGCUUCGCGCGCUGCAGGAGAGCGGCUACGACUCCGACGGCGGCAGCACGAGGCCCGGCGGCGGGAAGAGCGCGGAGAGUGGAGGGGUGUCGUGGAAGGAGGUGGUGGAUAAGAUCCUCGUGGCGGACUUCUUUUUGAUCACAAUCGCUCUAGUGUGGUUCUUGACGGGCGUGCUUCAGCGGUCCAUCUCGCAUGACGACGGGCUGCUGCUGGCGUGGCUGAAGCUGUGGGACCCGCUGUUCCAGCCGGCCAUUGGGGUUUUUAUGGGCGCUGCUGUGCUGCAGGCUGUGCUUAAGAAAAGAAAUUAGACGCUUGAUCCUCAUUGAUCUCUUCUUUCUUAGUUCAGGGCAGGUGAAGCCUGAACUUCAGCUGGCCGUCGGAGAAAAGGGAAUGGGGAGGAGGGGGGGGAGGGGGGGGGGGAGACAAGAGAGAAGUGGACGGGGGGACGGGGGUCAGGUGGUCGGGGUUGGGGGGAUUGGGUUGGGUGGUUGGUGUUAAGACUAGAAAGAAUGAAUAGAAGGGAGAACAGGGGAGAUAUAGCGUUUGGGUUGUACCCACUAAGAACAUACUCUAUCUAGCCUAUAACUUCUACAUAACAAUAUAUUGUUAAAUUAGGACCUAGGACGCCAUGAAAGGGGUGCGAGGUUUUAGGAGCUAGGAGUGUUAGAAAGAGAAUGAAUGGACUAGUGUGAGAAACCCAGAACAUGUACUGUACCUGUUGGGGUUGUAUAUCAAACAGU